GACCAACUGAACUCUGAAGACAGAGAUGCACAAUUACAUACACACUUUUGUUCUGUUCAUACAGUGGCUUUUGAGAACAAGUUGUACUCUGUUCCAGCGUGGCCUGAAUGAACCACUGUGUCCUCCGUCCUGCCCAGAGUCCGAAAUCAUGCUGGCAGUCUGUGAGAAAAACAAAGCUUUUUCCUCAAGAUGCCAGCAGAGAAGGAUGUUCCUUCCAAAGGCAAAAAGAUUUACCUCAUUUUUUCACUUGUAUUUUUUGGCUUCUUAUUCUUGGGUGAGGUGCAGACAGUGAACAUGACCAUCCCUAACGCUCUGAUCAGAGGAGCGGUCGGAGGGGAGGCGCUUCUGUCGGUUUGCUACAGCAGCUUCAGCCCCGAUCUGCCAGUUAUCAGGUGGCUGCUUCAGAGGGAAAAGGCAGUCACUGUGGUCCAGUCUGUUGGAACCGUCAUCAUUGGGACCUUGAGGCCUGAGUAUCAAGACCGAGUCCUGGUGUUUGAGAACGGGACUCUACUUCUCCACAACCUCAGAUUCACUGAUGAUGGAACCUAUGACGUGGAGAUCUCCAUCACAGAUGAUAUUUUUACUGGAGAGGGAAGCAUCACACUCACUGUGGAUGAACCUAUAUCCAGGCCGUACAUCCACAUGGAGGCAUCAUCAGUGCUGGAGCUCAGUGAAAACUUUAUCCUUAACUGCUCCCAUGACAACGGAACCAGGACCAGCUACAGGUGGUUUAAAGGGGGGAAGCCAUUGGCCAAUGAAACAAGGUUCGUGUUGUCACCUUAUCAGAAGUGGCUGACCAUCACUCGAGUGUUGAUGGCUGAUGAGGACAUCUACAGCUGCUCGGUGGAGAACCCGUUGGGCAACAUGACGAGUCUGCCAAUCAGACUGGCCGUGUACAGAAGAAGCUCUGUCUACAUCAUGCUGUCCACUGGAGGAAUCUUCUUCCUCAUCAUGCUGGUAACAGUGUGUGCAUGCUGGACUCCUUCUAAAAAGUCAAGACAAAAAUCUAGAAAGUCCAGGAUUUAUGGACACUCUCAUCACAUACAGCUAAAACAGAAAGAUGAUGUGCUUCCCAAAAUGAGGGAACAUAAUGGGAUAAAAGCAGUAACUUCCCUUUAUGUCCUCCAACAAAAGGACCCCUCCAUAGACGACUCCUCCAGCAACAGUAUUGGGUCUCCUUCUGAACUGGACAACCCUCCAUCCUACACAACGUACCCCAAGUACACACAUUCCCUUGUGUUGUCAGAUGCAUCUCCAGCCAGCUCCCUCCCAAAGUGCAUCUAAAACUUCAUGAACUGUUCAUCAUGCAAAACAAAGGAGCUGGUAAUUUGGGGCCUGCCGUCAUGCAAAAAUAGCUUUGAGUCUUCAUGAACUCAAAUAUGAAAUUUAGGCAUUUUUCUAAGAUCUGUUAUACAGCGCCUUGCAAAGGUAUUCACACUGUUGGGGCUUUUGAACAUUUUGCAACAUUGCAUUUAGUGUUUUGGGAUUUAAUGUGACACACCAACACAAAGUAUUGAACAAUUGUAAUGUGGAAGUAAUUACAGCUGCAUGUCUUUUAAGGUAUGUCUCUAACAA